ACUAAAGUUCACCCUUCCUUGUCAGAACUAAAAAAAUCUGAAAUCUUCCCAAAACAAAAACAAGAACGAGGAGACCAAUGGACUCAAAAUGGAUUCUUCCACCAGUCAGUUAGGUGCUGGGUUUUUUUCCCAGUCUUUUGAUUAAGAAAAUAUUUACAAACUUGUUGAGUCAUCAUUUAGAUUGCUUAAGAUGAGUGGUGCACUAGAUCAUAGCAGUUCAUUAUGGUCUUUUGACGAAGAAAAUAUUUAUAAACUUGCUCAAUAGUUAAGCCUCGAGACUUUGAAAGAUACGAGAUGCAUUUUUUGAAGAAUGAGUUAUGUUAUUAUGCCGCUUAUGUGGUUCAUAGUUAGGAAUAUGAAGUUUCUUCCCUUGAAAAAUUACUAGAGAAGUUGUGGAAACAGGGAUGGACACACAAUACAAAUUGAUUUGCCGGUUGAUACAGCUAGUGCUGACGUUGCCCGUUUCAACGACUACAAUGAAGAGAAAAUUUUCAGCAAUCAAACGUGUGAAAAGUAAUUUGCGCAACAAAAUGAGCGAUGAAUUUCUCGUCGAUUGCUUAAUUAUUUUCUUUGAUAGAGUGUAUGUUAUUGGUAUAGAUGAAGAUUCUAUUAUCAAUGGAUUUGCCAAAUUGAUUCAGGCCUAAUUGUACACUUUUUACCCCUGAUUAUCUUUAACGUUUGUUGCAAUUGAACUCCACAACGGUUGGUUUUACCCGAGGUUGCUUGUAUUUUAGUGUGUUUCAUAUCCUAACAGGUAAAACCAAACCCGGAGUCAAAAUUUGGGAGAAAAGGAGCAAAGACCGGGCAAAGAGGUGGAGAUAGCCGCAGUUCUCGACCAGAUGUUGGAGUUCACGGUCUUACUGGACCGUGAAUUGGAGCCAUAACCCGUGAAGUGAGGAGAAAACAAAGGGGGUUUUCAAAUUAAUGGCUCCCAGGCAGUUCACGGUCACUAAGACCGUGAACGGUGGCCACCGACCGUGAACCCAAACAAUUGAUGCGGUGCGUUUGGGUCGCGGUACAAAGUUCACGGCCAAUUUCAAUGUUCAUGGCCGUGAACUCAGCGCGAUCUCCCACAUAAUAGGAAAGCUGAAAGAAAGAAGAAAGGGGAGAGACUUAGAGUGAGAAAACUUCUCCUUCUUCAGAUUUUAGAUUGAUAAAGUGACGAACCAAAGAAGAGGAAAAGCUAGGGUUUGAUCUCCAAGCAAGGAUUUGGGGUUUUCUUCAGCACAAAGAGCAAGGCUUGCCUCUUCAUGAUGGUUUUCCUUUCCCUCUUUUGUGUUUUUCCUUAUGCUAGCAUGGAGUAGUCCCUUAUUUCACUUGGGUGUUUGUAAACCUAGCUACAAUUAUGUGAAUGCUUGUAUGAAUUGAAUGAUUUGUGUGUGGAUGUGUUUUAAUGUGAAUGUGGAGUUAUUAUUCAGAAAUGAUUGUGUUUUGUGAAAGCCUAUCAAUCUAAUUCCAUUCUAACCUAGUUUAGAGAGAACCUUCCUUAACUUAAGAGGCUCUUCUAGAGAUGGGUUUCCUUGGGAAUUUUAUGCCUCCUAGUCUAGGUUAGUUAAAGGGCAAACCUCCUAAUUCGUAUUAAACACUUAGGGUUUGGUUGUGGGUGGCCAUCUGAUAGACCGUCAUUUACACAUGUUUUUACCCCCAUUCUUACACCGUUUGAGGUGUUGAUUCUCGUGUUUUAGGCCGAUUUCACGCUAGGUUGUGCUUGUUUGUGAUGUUUCAGGUCCUAGUACGUGAAUGAAGGCUUAGGAGCGAGUCUGGGGUCGAUUGGACGAAGAACGGACGAAUGGCGAGGUUUUUGGGGAGCUGCACGGGCAGACCAGGGAGGCUGCACGGCCGUGCACGGUUGCAAGCUGGCCGUGCGCCUCAUGCCGCGGAGAUGCACGGGCAGGCCCUGAAGAUUGCACGGCCGUGCACCUGGCCGUGCAAGAAGCCUGAGUUCGACUUAAGGGAUACGCUGCGUUUCAUGGUGCACGGCCAGAAUGGUGAGGUGCACGGCCGUGCACCCUGGCCGUGCAACUCGGGAAACCCGGUUUUAAAGCCUAAUCCGAGCCAGAAGUGAGAGAACAGAGUUUUCAGAGCAAAAACAGAGCCCUAGAGAGAGAAAGUACGAAGAACACAUCCUAGAAGCUGUCUUAGAGCUGGAUUUCAUCGAAUCGAGCCUGGAGAUUGUCAUAGGAGUGAAAAUCAUCGUCCCGGAGCAGAUUAUCCUCAUCGUUAUGAGUAUGACUAAUCCGAUUCUUGUUUUCUCUUCUCUCUCUAUGGAGUAGAACCCUUCUCUCACUUGGGGAUGAAGAACCCUAGUUCUAUGUGUUAGGGAUUGAUUGUAAUGACUUGGGAUGAUAUUACUGUUUGGUUUUAAUCGAUUGAGACAUGCUUUAUUGAGUCAAUUGAAUCCUGAUCAAAUUCUCUUGAUUUCUGCUUUAACCUAUGAUAGAUAGAAUCUGAUUAGGUUAAGAGAGCUUCCUUGAUUGAUAGUGGUGAAUUGGUUGUGCGAGAGUCAAUCAAUUUACUGCUUUGUACUGGAAUCUAAUUCCAGUAGUGAAUUUCUGUUCUUACUGCUUCAGCUUUCUAUCCCGGUGAAGACUAGUCGUCUGCCGGGUAGUUAGACUGAGAGGGCUUGGUCAGCUUAAGAGAUUCCAAGCUACUGCCGGAUCUUCCGCAGUCUAAUCAACAGUAAAUCAACCCAGGGAAUUGCAAUUGAACCUAACUAAGGAGCUAGGGGGAUUCAUUCCCGAGUGACUCUUUCCUGCUUAAGAAAACCGAAUAAUUUCC